CAAUUGAAAUCGGUAACUUGAAAAGUCUUUCCACAAUAGAUAUCUCCAAAAAUAGAUUGUCUGGAGAAAUACCCUCUUCCAUUGGUGAUUGCAAUAGUUUGGAAUAUCUUUAUAUGGGGGGUAAUUUCUUUGAAGGAACCAUUCCUCAAUCUCUAACUCGUUUGAAGGGGAUUCAAAAUUUAGAUCUCUCACACAACAACUUUUCAGGGCAAAUCCCGAAAGAUCUAGAAAAGCUUUCAGCAUUGCAGCGUUUGAAUUUAUCCUUCAAUAAUCUUGAAGGGGAGGUACCAACAAAAGGAAUCUUCAAAAAUGCAAGUGCAAUUUUAGUGAAUGGAAAUGAUAAGCUUUGUGGUGGAGUUGCGGAGUUACAUCUGCCUGCAUGCACAGACCAUGGAUCUAUGAAACGAGAAAAGUCCCAUGCUUUUAGAAUAGUUUUGGCGAUAAUCGGUGUGGUUCUUGGUUUUCUUCUGAUAUCUUCUUUUCUUACUCUCUAUUGGAUGAGAAGAUCAAAAAGUAAAACUCCAUCUGCACCAUUAAUCGGUGAACAUUUCUUAAAGCUUUCAUACAGAGAUCUCUUCCAAGCUACUGGAGGAUUUUCUUCAGCUAAUUUCAUAGGUUCUGGUAGUUUUGGCUCUGUAUACAAAGGGAUUAUCGACCAAGAUGAAACUAUUGUUGCAGUCAAGGUACUCAACCUUCAAAAUCCAAGAGUCUACAAAAGCUUUAUCGCUGAAUGCGAAGCAUUAAGAAACAUUCGGCAUCGAAAUCUUGUCAAGAUUUUAACUUCUUGUUCAAGUAUUGAUUCAAAAGGAAAAGAUUUCAAAGCCCUUGUUUAUGAGUUCAUGCCCAAUGGGAGUCUAGAUGAUUGGUUGCACUUGCCGGUGGAGGCACAUAUUCAUUCAAGAAAUUUAAACCUUCUUCAAAGAUUAAACAUCGCAAUUGAUGUGGCUUCUGCUUUAAAUUACCUUCAUUAUAAUUGUCAUGCGCCAAUUGUUCAUUGUGACUUGAAGCCAAGCAAUGUUCUACUUGACAUAGACAUGAUUGCACAUGUCAGUGAUUUUGGUUUGGCGAGGCUACUUUUGGAACCUGAUGACAAUUCAUUUGAGACUCAAACUAGCACCAUUGGGAUAACAGGAUCUAUUGGCUAUGCUGCUCCAGAAUAUGGAAUGGGUGGAAGGGCAUCUAUACAAGGGGACGUGUUUAGCUAUGGGAUACUUUUAUUGGAGAUGUUCACAGGAAAAAGGCCAACAGAUCAUAUGUUUACGGAUGACUUAAAUCUCCAUACUUUUGCAAAAACAGCUUUAUCCGUACAUGUGAUGCAAAUUUUAGAUCCAACAUUCCUACUCAGGGAAGAACAAAGGGAAGAAAUUGAUGAGGUUGCUACCAAUAGGAUUAAAGGUCCUAAUCAUAGGACAGAUCAAUUGCAAGAUUGCAUAACGUCAAUAAUUGAAAUUGCAGUCCAGUGCUCCAUGGAAUCUCCAAGAGAACGUAUGGGCAUGAAUGAUGUCAUGAGGAGACUACAUUUAAUCAAAGGGAAAUUUUCUUGA